AUGAGUAAAAAAGAGCCCUCUUUGGAUGAGUAUACUAAGCUCAAGGACGAGCUUGUUAGUUCGAUUCUCAAGAAGCGCGAAAUAGAUGCCAAACUAGCGCAACUAGAAGAAGAAAUCUACGACAAAGAACUGGACUAUUUCAACGAAAGCACCUACGGAAAUAUUGUCAAGGGCUUCGAGAGUUUCGGCAAAAUGUCUCUGGGAGGCCUGAAUAAAAGAAAAAUGGUUUUCAAUGACGAAGAUCACAUCUUCAGUAUGUCUUCUGCGACGUUUAUAAAGGCUUUGAUGAGAAAGCAGGGAGUGAACAGCUCUUCCGGAGAAUUAGAUGAUUACGAAGAUUCCGUUGAGCCCGGUAACGGAACUGGAAACGGAAACACUAGUGGAAAAGAGUCUGCGUCUAGCACUCCCCUUCGCAAACGAAAGUGA